UCUGUUUGAGCAAACACAUUUUUCUUUUCUUAGGAUCAUCGGCUAUUUGGAGUUUCGACUGCUACAGAUUUGUUCCGUCUUCGAGUUACGAAAUCAUGAUACAUUUUGUGCUUCUAGUUAGUCGGCAAGGAAAGGUUAGGCUCACCAAAUGGUAUUCGCCUUAUACACAGAAGGAAAGGUCUAAGGUUAUACGUGAACUCAGUGGAGUGAUUCUGAACCGAGGUCCCAAGCUCUGCAAUUUUGUUGAGUGGAGAGGAUACAAAGUUGUCUACAAAAGAUAUGCAAGCCUCUACUUCUGCAUGUGCAUUGAUCAGGAGGACAACGAGUUAGAGGUCCUUGAGAUAAUUCAUCACUACGUUGAGAUUCUCGACCGCUAUUUCGGAAGUGUGUGUGAACUCGAUUUAAUUUUUCACUUCCACAAGGCGUAUUACAUAUUGGAUGAGCUCUUGAUUGCCGGGGAACUCCAAGAAUCAAGCAAGAAAACAAUAGCCAGGAUUGUAUCAGCCCAUGAUCAAGUGGUGGAAGCUGCAAAAGAGGAGGCUGGUUCGAUAAGCAAUAUAAUCGCUCAGGCUACUAAAUAGUUUCUUUCAUCUUCUAUCCACGGUUAAAACAUGUUUCCUGUGCGGCUGCUAUAGUAAAAUGUUUUGAGGAAUCUUGAUCCAAUCUUUUUUCUCCUGAGGGUAUUUUUUUAUUUUUUUUGUCUUAAACCACAAGUAUGGAUGCUAGACUAUGUUUUGUUCGAACAAGUUUAUAUAAAUUUA